AGCACCCUCCCUUCAACCUCUCCUCACAGUGUUGCUCAGAGCAAGCGGAGGCUGUGGGUGAUCCCUUUGCACCACAUCUUUGACCGUGGACUGAACACUGAGCCAAAGGGGUUUGACGUCAGUGCAGUGCACGCUAAUUCUCGUCCCUGCUGGUCGGGGUACGAGUAGGGAGCUGGUCUCACCUAACGGAUGUGUCUGGGACACUCCAGUAUAUUUAUUCUUUCAGUUACACACAGAUUCAGAUGAGCACGAUGGAAGCUCUGGAGGGAUACAGGGCCAACAGAGGGCAGAGUAUGAGGGCUGCGGCCCCAGCUGAAGGAUAUGUGAAGGAGUUCACUCGCCACUCCAAUGAUGUGCUGCUGAACCUGAAUGAACUCCGGCAUCGGGGCAUCCUGACUGACACCACCCUGAUCGUUGGCAACGUGCACCUGCAGGCACACUGUGCUGUGCUCGUGGCCUGCAGUGGUUUCUUCUACUCGCUGUAUUCACGCCGUGCAUUGCUACAGGGGCGUGGUGGGAGCGGGGAGCAGCUCAUGACCGUGUCUCUCCCCACCACGCUGGACCCCUCCAGUGUCUCCCUGCUGCUAGACUUCAUGUACACCUCCCGCCUCCCUCUGACACCGAGCAUUGUCUCCGGGGUGUUGGCUGUGGCUGUCUACCUGCAGAUGGACCACGUGGCUGAGACCUGCCGGGAUUUCAUGCAGCUGCACUGCAUGGAGAAUAGGACAGUCAGACACCUCCACUUGGAGCUGGACUCCAGGGUUUCCGUACCCUCUGUAUCUCCCAAAGGAGGGGACUUGCCUACUCCAGGACCCCUGCGAUUACUGCCAACAGCAGCAGCAACCCGGGUCCCUGUGGUGACUGGGGGCUCUCUCAAGCCAGGGGCUUUCCCCAGCUGUCAGCCCAGGUCAACAGAGCUGAAAGGAGACCCUGAGUCACCUCUCAUGGCCAGCCCGACUUUGUCUCCAAGCAGCCCCACCCGCUCCAGCUGCCAACCGAGCUCUCCUGCUGCAUCUGAGACCUGCAACAAAAACCUUGUGAGUGAUGCCAAAGCCACACCAGACCCGAAGGCCUGUAACUGGAAGAAGUACAAGUACAUUGUCCUCAAUCCUCUCUGUGCUGCCAGUGCAGUGAAAGUCGAGGAGAUGGAGGAACCCCAAAAUCGAGCAUCACCCAUUGAUGACUCGACACCAAAAGCACCAACAGAGGCGUGGUCUGGAGAAGUGCCCGGUCAGAUUGAUAGACAGGGGCAGGCCUCCUGCUACGAGGGUUCUGGCCGAGCCCCUCCCCUCGGGCCAUCACCCUCUGUGGACCACCCAACUGUGUCCACCUCUAACAAGGAGGGACAUGAAGCCGCCCAUCACAACCAUCACCAAGUUAAGCGUGAAAGCUACUACACGCCCUAUUCCUACUCUGGCAGCCUUCAAGGACCCAAACCUGCCUGCUCAGGUGACAAGCCAUACCGCUGUAAUGUGUGUGGAGCUCAGUUCAACCGACCGGCCAACCUUAAGACUCACUCCCGGAUUCACUCCGGAGAGAAGCCUUACCGCUGUGACACCUGUGGGGCGCGGUUUGUUCAGGUUGCCCACCUCAGGGCCCACGUGUUGAUUCACACUGGGGAGAAACCCUACCCCUGCAACACCUGCGGCACCCGCUUCCGCCACCUGCAGACGCUGAAGAGUCACCUGCGCAUCCACACAGGAGAGAAGCCUUACAGCUGCGAGAAGUGUGACCUGCACUUCCGACACAAGAGCCAGCUGCGCCUGCACCUGCGCCAGAAGCACGGGGCCGUCACCAACACCAAGAUCCGCUACAAAGUGCUGACUGAGCCCUACCAGCCUAUCCUGCAGGCCUGCUGAGGAGGAUCACUAAUCACGGAUGUUACCUAAUAAUCUGAAUCUGUCAGAAUGUGAAAUUUGGCUCAUUAACUCGUCAGUUGCAAAACUGUUAGCAUCUAGUCUUGAGUAGAGGCAACAACAAACAAUAAAUGAAUGAAAAAAUACAAAUAGGUUACACUUGGAAUAAGAGACAGUCAUUUCUACAAAGCUGUUGGUUGAGGUUUGGUGAGGUUGUGCUUUAAUAAUACACGAUUGAGAUGAUUAAAGAAUGUUUUGCUUGAGGGUUUGCGAAGAAGUGUAAAGAAGGGGACAGAGUAUGGAGCGAAAGGUAAAGUCGUGCAAGUGUUGUGCAUUUGUGUGCAUAUUGAAUUGUAAAGAAAUGUGUGUGUGUGAGCAGAUUGAAGGAAAGAUGAAGCAAGUUUUGUGAAGGAGACGUGAUCAGAUUUGGUGUAAAUUAGAACAGACAUGGGUUUUAUGAUCAGUGAAGCACUUAGUCAAUGUUAAGUUACCGAAGCUUCUUUGUCUGAUGUGUAUUUAACUUUGAUUUAUCUUAACCCGAUGGCCCGGCGCCUGUGUAAUUUUAAAGAAAAAAGUUAAACUAUGUGCUUUUCCAGUCCAAGCAGGCAAAGGACUUUUGUAUUGUACUGAACAAAAAGUGAAGAAAUCAAAUGAUGUUUGCUAAGCUUUUGAACAAGACAGCUGAACUCAAAUAAAAAUGUAAUAUUAUUAAAUCUGUAUUUGUGAGAGGUAACUUGCUGGACAAAGAUGGUUUUGUACAAUUUAAAUUAAAUCAUUUUUAUAUUAAUUGGAAA